UGAGUUGGCGGCCACAUGGUGCGUCGUGAGGAUCAGCUGAUGCCAGAGAGCGGUAGCGUAGCACGUGAACGCGCAGUUCAGCACGAAUCGUCGAAGAGGACGGGCACGCUCGGUCCUCUCUUAUUGAAGUGUGACCUGCAAUAUAUAUUUAGUGUGGUGAUAGUGAAUCAUUUGACUGAGUUUUAUAUAUUAUCAGUGAACACAAUGGCAAGCUUAACACUUGAAGAAGACCUUAAUGCAGCUGCAUGUUUAGUUGCCAUGAAGGGUGGUGGUAGGGUGAGCCCGUGGGCGGCUCCAGACACCCACAGUCAACGCCCACGACUUCAAGUAAAAACUCAUCUACCGCUGCAGAACCCGUACCAUGACCCACCGCCCACACACACCCCGGCUUCCAGUCCUGAACACUCCCCGUCAGUAGAAUACACACACCACGCCCCACCUCUCUCUCCCGCCCACCAUAUGUAUCAGCCUCCUACUCCGCCCACACCUCCGUCGCCCCCCACGCCGAAUUUGGAGGAUCACUCAUACUGCCCCCCAAUGGAAACCACAGACCCAGCUAACGAUCGCUCCGUGUACCUGAUCGCCCGCAUCUUGGCUGACCUAAAGCGUGUGCAGCAAGAUAGGAAAGAGGUGCGGGAUAAAGACCCCCCACCACCACCACCAGACUCACAAACACCCGCCCACACACCUCCACAGACCCAGGAACUACCACUAGACUUCAGCAGGAGAGGCCUGCCUGAGGUAACAGCAACAGAGCCAGCAGCCGCGCCACGGACGCCCAGAGGUAUGGGUGGUAGGCGUGGGCGUGGUCGGGCAAGCCAGCAGAAAGUAGAGGAUAAGCGCGCCCAUCCGUGCACCUUUCCCGGCUGUGACAAAAUAUACGGCAAGUCUUCACACCUCAAGGCUCACCUGAGGACACACACAGGAGAGCGGCCUUUUGAGUGCAGAUGGCCCACUUGCCGCAAACGGUUCGCUCGUAGUGAUGAAUUGGCGCGGCACACAAGGACUCACACAGGGGAGAAGAAUUUCGUGUGUCCUGUCUGUCAAAAACGAUUCAUGCGAUCAGACCACCUCAGCAAACACGCACGCCGCCACCCAGACUUUGACCCAGCAUUGCUUCGGCAACGGCGUCAUGCCCUACCAUCACUGCCCACCUCCACAUCUCCUGCUGUUAUGUCAGACAGUGAAGAACCAAGCUCACCUUGAGGUCUGCCAGACAUAGGAUGUGUAUCCAAGCUGCUGCCGUCUCUGUGCCAGAAGCGGACCUUUUGCCGCACAGUACAAAGUGGCGUUAUUUUUCCAGCGCUGCAACCUCAUGAGGGGUGAUGAGGCGUCAUAGUGGUGCAAGAGAGGACCAAUAUGGGAUUGUUUAAGUGAUUCUAUGGUGUGAUGUUCGUUGAAUCCACCCACUGAACGUUCGAUCCACCCACUUACAUAUUUGUAAAUAUUGUUUUUUCUUCGAAAGUUAAUAGGCUCUACCCACUCAGGUCUGUGAGGCAUACCACACAAAACCUACAAUUGCUCAGCAUUACGUAUUGAAGUGCAACAUAAUGUAACGGUGAUCAGUCUCAUGUAUCAUCUGUGCACAUGCUUUCAUCGGCUCAAAACAGAUGUGAUGUAUAUAUAUUUUACAUAAAACAGUUAAUGAUGCUCUUUUGAUAUAUAAUGUAUUUUUAAUUGUGUUCCAUGACUUAUGGGAGUGUAUCACAGUUGUGUCUUGUAAUUCAGAUUCAUAUACAUAUCUUAUAAAUAGGUUCAAAUUGUAAUCAUAUGCACAUGUAUAUGUAUACCUAUGAUACCUAUGUAUUCCUCAUGUAUGAGUGUGUGAUCCUCUAUAUCCAUUUGAAGCACCAUGGAAGACUAUUCUGGGGCUAACCUAAGCCUUUUAAAAGACAGUGGAGCCAGUCGGAAAUCAAUCACUUGGUCUCCAUAGAAUACAGGGUUAUUUGAUAAUCAGAGGAUGUUUUACCCUACCAUGUACAAGAUGUUUGUGUGAUACAGCCAGCAAGAACUGAGCCUGUGGAGUUUUAUUACUGUAUAAUAAAGAAACAUGCUGGAUCUCUCCAAGGUCUGCAUCUGCUGGCUUUCUCACAUGUCUUAUUUUCCGAGUCAUUUCAGUGCAUACAAGUUAAUGUCAGUAUCAAUAACUCAUAUGAUUUGUCUCAAUACCAGUACAUUAAGCACCAUAUAUUUAUAUUGUUGUUUCAAUAACAUACACUCAGGGUGUUUUGUACUGUGGUUGACUUAGGUUUUGAUAUUUAAAUGUCAACCUUUUUAUUUUAUUUUAUUGUACUCAAAAAAGGCUUUACUAUGAUGACGUUAACUUUAUUAUGCUGAUUAUGACAGGUUGUAGUACUUUACCUGGUGCUAUAAAGUGCCUUAGAUGGUUGGAGCACCAAUGUUCCCAGACUCAGCAUCAUCCCUAUGUGUGUAAGAUGUCCAGUCAGUAUCCUCUCCAAAUCAGCCCACUUCUUUCAUCCUUCCUAUCCCUUUUCCUUGUGUUAGUUACUGUAGUAUCACCUCAAUAUGUGCAUACUACACAAGAAUUCAUAUGUUUAAUGUUAGGCAUUAUUUAUCCAUAUAUACUGAACUUCAUGUAUUCAUGUUGUAUCGCACACUUUAAUAUUAUUUAACAUACCUCUCACUGCGUUCCUGUGGAGGUGCGCCACUUUUGAGAUGUCGGACUGGAAUGCAAAUAAAUUUUCUGGGUAGCAUUACAGUGGCCAGUUUUCUUAGCAACUAAUUGGCAUUAGUUACUUGCCAAUAAGCACAAUUGUCAGCAAUGCUCUUACCUUAUAUUUGAGGCCUUGGGAGGUAACUAAGCAAAGCCCAGUACUAAGUACUAAGAAGAACUUUCCUGACUGGAGGAUAAAGUGUUGACAGCUUUUUGUAAGGGAAAAGGUAUAUUUUAUAACUAAAACUUGUUAUUCACUUUGUAUAGUACAGUGUUGGUAUAGGUGAAUGUUCAUACAGUAUUUAUAUGUAUUAUAAUAGUGAAGUUGAUUUACUGUAUGUUAUGAUGUACCUCAUUAAAAGUGAAACAUUUCUUUAUAUAAUUUAUAACUAAUUAGUAGAAAUUAAUGUUUUGUUAUUUACCAAAAGCUGUCAGUCAAGUGUCUACACAAAUUUAUGCUCAUCAUUUUGCAGUGUCCUAUCUCAAACCUGAAGACAACGUGUGUGUCUAGUCACUACAGGGCCUACCAUAGGAAACGUAAAGCAGAAAGCAAAUGACCUUACAGUGCAUAAACAUAGCCAUGUCAUUUGAAUAUUUAUUUACUCUUUUGAUUCACAAAACAGCUAAAAAAAAGAUAUUUGCCAUUGUUUUACGUAAUUUAUGGAUGUGAAGCCGGCGCAGUGUUUAAUGAUAAAACCUCAACUGUAGUGCCAUAUGAUUAAGUAAGGAGAGGGUUUACGUGGCUUAAGGCCAGAGUGUUUAUGUUAUCCUCACUUGUAUUGAAAACAGUUCAUGAGUAGUGGGGCUUAGACUAAUAGUUACUCUCACGAUAGAUUCAGUGAAUGUAUCCAGUGCAAUGAUUCAAUGCCACCCCAGAGAAUAUCUGCCAAACAAAAAAAAAGAAUCAUAUUUUUCAUAAACAUGACUGUCAUAGUAAUGAUACUCAUUCAUUUCAUCUUGUGUAAAGUUAGUGACUUUUCAAGGCAGUCAUGUUAUAGGAAUAAAAAUGUUUCCACUUGUCCUCCAUCUAGCACCUUCAAGAUGAGGUAUGCCAGGCUGAAACAACUAUAUGUGAUCUUCUGUAUACCCUAUCAAGAUUAAGAGUACAGUACUUAUUUUCAGUACUUAAAGAUAUUUAACAUCAGCAUUGUCAAAUCUUUUACACUAUUCCAUAUUUGUGUUACAUUAACUGGACAAAUGUAGUGAACAUUGAUAGGUAGAUGACCACAUCAUGAAGAUUUUACACUUCCUAUUAUAAUGUGUACAUCAAUGUAUGGAAAUGUGGUCAAGUGUAAAUGAGGUGACACCAAGAUGCUGGGCUACUGAACGGCUUCUUUCUCCUGCCCUGUGUUCCAAGGGUCUCAAUUUAGUGUUAUUUUUAAUUCAGAUUGUACAAAAGACAUAUAAGUGAUUUAAUGCAUUCAUUUUUUUAAAGAAAGGUUGUUCAUUUAUAUAUACAAUAUUGUGUUUGUAAGUCAGGAAAUUAAAAGGGUUUCCUUUUACCCAUGUUCAUUGGAGUUGAGGAAUGUAUUUUGUUUUGUUUAACCCAUUUUAGUUCUCUCCAGUUGCUACUGUUAUUAUCUGCUGUGGUAGACAUCUUCAAUGCAGUAAUUAAUUCUCAUUUGGUUUUGAAGUUUUUAAUAACAUGUAAAUCAUCUACACAUCACAUCCUAAAUACAAUAAAUGCAAAGUAUAUCAAUGAUGAUGUAACUGGAGUGAUCUGAGUGGUCUGUGGUCUUUUUUCAGGAGAUUUCAUAUUGCCAUUUGAAAUGUUCACAAAUCAACAAGAUACAAAUAUUUACUGCCAGUUUAAAGAAGUAUUGCUAUAAUAUUGUACUUAGCAUGCAGUGUUGAAUGUAGUCACCUGUACAUUACAAUGACACCAGUACAUAUCUCGAGGUAAUGUUGUGAAUGUAUCAAAUGAUUUCCAUGUAUCUCCAGAACAUGACCCAAUCCCAAUGUUAUCCUGAGAAGUCUUUCAUAAUGCACUUUCCAGAGCGAAUAUUUUUGAGGGGAGCUAAUUGUGUCAUCAGCCAAAAAUGGUUUGUUUCAUAAUCUUGAAGACAAUGUCGAAAUAGUUGUGUAAAUAAAGAGAAAUUAUGUA